AUGAGAGAAACCAUGGCCCUUUUAGCGGCUUUGGUGGGAGGUGUAUCUGGAUUUUAUGAAGGGACCAAAUUAAGUUCACUUAGAUAUUUGACUGAGAAUGGUCAUAGAUUACCUACUACAGUUGGAGGAUGGUAUUUCUAUCAUAAAAAGAAGAACUAUGUCAUGUUACUUAGUGGGAUGAAGACUGGCUUAAAACAUUCAUUUCGAUAUUCUGUUUCAGUAACAAGUUUUUUUGGUUUGGAAUGGAUCUUGGAUACUUAUGUUCGUAGUGGUACUAUAGAUAUGGCCAAUACAACCAUUGCUUCAAUGAUAUCUGCCUUUGGGUAUGCCAAAUUAAAUCAUCUUAGUGCUAUUCAAACACGUAAAUAUAUGGGAAGAGGAUUUUUAUUGGGGUUGAGUUUAGGGUUUACACAAGAUAUGCUUAUUUUCACCAGAGGUGGAUACGUUUGGUAUUUAGAUAAACUUGGUAUAAAAAAUCCUCAAGCUGAAGCAUCAUUACUGUAA